UACUCGAUAAUAUUUCAAGCAAAGCAGCGGAGUCGAGCAGUUGUGUGGUCGCGCAGUUGUGCCAAAGAUAAAUGUCGAACAGUGACGGCGCCUGUUUAUCAAGAGAUAAAUUCAAAUAUAGUUUGUGAGUUUUAUUCGCGUAUCAACAACGUCAGGGCCUAUCGCUAUGGAUCUGUUCGACUUCUUAUUACAGGCAGGUAUAGUGACUGCAGCAGUCGUCGCGUACUUGAUAUGCUUUAGAAGAUCCUCUCCUGUUCAAAUGAAGGGGAACUACAGAGAGCCAGGAUGGAAUUACCUGUUCAGACUAGUAGUCGCGUGGUAUGCAGUGAGGCGAUGGAAGUCACAGCGGUCGUCGACGCCGCGGUCAGAGAUUCCCAGGGAGCUCCAAUCAGAAGGUUGGGACUGUGUCACGGUCCGGGCCUCCGCCCCCGACGGGUCCACCAUACUUCUCAGUGUUCGCAAGCUGGUCGACAGACAAUCAAUUGCGGAGACUGCAGUUCAUAUUAAACUGGCCGACGGAACCACAUACAAGCUGCCUCAGCAUCCAGACACAGUGAUUGGUUCUUGGGAGAGUAUAGCUGGAGGUUGGAGUGCCGGAGGUUUGAAGAUAGAGGUACUGGAGCAUGAGACCAGACUCAGGAUUAUGUUCAAUGGUCUACUGAAGAAAGACGGAGAGGAGACUGUACAACAUGCGAGAUUCAACUUUAUAUGGUCUGCAGCAUCCCCCGUGGUCCAGUAUCCAGAGGACUGGAGUGACGAGCUAGCCGCGCGAACGUUAGCUUUGGAGCCAUGGCGUGAUAGCAGCUGGCCAUCAGCACUAGGAAAAUGGGGCGACGGUAGCUGGCUGCAAUGGGGCGCUAUUCAAGGUCGAUUCGAGUUGUAUACCACUGAAGGAGCAACUGACAGAAGCGAGUACCUGCGCGCGCGAGGAGUCAGGGAACGGAGCUGGUCUCCACGAGGGUACCAGGGGCUGAGGCGCACCGUCACAUUGACAGCCACCGCGAGAGACGGCACUGCGGUGCAGCUUCGUGGAUUCUCUUAUAAGGAUGUUUUGACAUUAGGAUACAGUGGCUGCGUGCGGUUCCCGAACAGUACCGUUAAGAGCAUUACAGGCACUGAUCUUGCGUUGCCCAAUUUUUGUGAGGACCCUGAAGGCAUCCCUAGCGUCUGUACAAUAAAUAUGAGUACCAAAACCCGUGAAUUGAAACUAGUGCUCCGAGUCAACGAAGAUGGAGGGAAAUUGCUUAGCGGAGUACCAUACCAGCAAGAAAUGGUGUACCGCACUGUGUUCGUGGAUAUCAAUGGUGAAUCUGGAAGCGGGAUCCUCGAGCUUGGCUACCAGACUGAAAUACCAGGCCCUUCCGUGCCCAUACCGCAACACAGUCUGCGUUGGGUGAACGAGGAAGCAGUCUCACAAGUUGGAUAUUGCGUAACAUUUGAAGACACAGUCGCUGCGUGUCCUUCGUAUGUUGGAGGUAAAGGUGCAUCUCUUGCGCUCUUGGCGUCAUUACAGGGACAAAUGGGUUAUCGUGUUCCUCCUGGCUUUUGUUUGACAACAAAAGCGCUGGAAAAACAUCUUGAGGCUAACCCGCAGUUGAUGGCAGCCAUCAAAGAAAUUGAAACAGCUAACGUUAAUUACGACGAGAAUAACUUCAAGGAAAAAUGCACCAAGACGGCUGAUUUGUUUGCUAAAACAGAAAUAGUCAAAGAAGUUAGAGAAGAAAUCUUAUCACAUUUGAGCGAAUUGAAAAUAAGAGCCAUCAAGGAAAACUUGGGUCCAGAACUGCGAUUUGCUGUAAGGUCUUCAGCUGUGGGCGAAGACAGCGAAGCGAUGUCUGCAGCUGGGCAAAACGAGACCAUUCUGGGCUGCGUGAGCGAUGACGAUGUGGUGCGAGGGGUGCAACUUUGUUGGGGAUCUAUGUUCGCCUUCACCAGCGCCCAUUAUCGUAGGCAAAAUGGUCAACAAUGCCUGUGUGGCGGUGGAGUGGUAGUCCAGGCGUUGGUGACAGCUCGCGCGGCCGGGGUUAUGUUCACUCGGCAUCCCGCAGCCGGCGACCCCUCACGGCUGCUUAUUACUGCCAACUACGGUCUUGGCGAGAGUGUGGUCUCCGGCGCGGUAGAACCUGACACAAUAACAAUCACUCGCGGCCAAGAGCUUAUUGUAUCUAAAAUCGAGCUGGGUUCUAAAAAGCAGCGAGUGACAGCUGUGGGGUCCAGUGUGACUACUGAAGAAGUAUCUGAAGCAGAACAACGACUGCCGUGUCUGACGGUGUCUGAAGCUCUGACUCUAGCAAGAAUAGGAGUGGCGCAGGAAGAAGCCUGGGGUGCUGGAAGAGACAUCGAGUGGGCUGUCACAAAGGAUGAAAUAUUCUUGCUACAAGCGCGACCUAUAACGUCACUAGAGAGGUGGACUGAAGAAGAGCUUCUGCAUGAAUUGGACAGUCCCAUCAUGUCUGAUGAUGAACUGGUCUCUUUUGCUAAUACGGGCGAGGUGUUACCGAAGCCGAUUUCAGCAAUGACUUACGAUAUGUUGGUUAUACCGUUGAUGAAGGCCUUCGAUGUGCUGACCUCUAGCUAUACUGGAUACGACAACAGCAUGUUCGUUACCCACAAUCGCUGUGCUUUAGUUUUUUACAAUAAUAUAUACCGCGUAUCGCCGAAAGAGAUAGAUUUGACGACUCAGAUGUUGGAGAUUUCAAUAUGUGGACAUACAGUGAUAGAUGACGAAAUCCUCAGAGUAGCGCAUCACAGGCACCCUUACAGUCGGAUGAACUCCUUCCUUAUGAUGAUGAACUCUUUCAAAUACCUGUUUACAACAAAAGGUCGAAUGAAGGAUGCCGCAAAAAUAGUCAGCAGCAUGAAGUUAGAUUUAGAAACGGAAGAACCAAAAGUCCUGCUGGAAUCGAUAGCGGACAAAGAGUCAACAAUGCGGAGAUGUUUGUUGGACCACGGAUGCACCACUGCUGGAAGCACCACUAGUCAAUUCAUUGCCAUGACGGUGCUGAUUGAAGGAGGAUCUAGUUUCACCACUGAGCAAUGUAACGAAGUUAACAUUCUUCUGAGUUCUGGCGGAGUCUUGUCAGCGGAAGUGCCUCAGGCUUUGGCUAAAAUAACUCAAGAGCUCGUAAAAUCCGGGAAAAUGGAAGAGUUCCGACACCAAGAUCCCAAGAAAGCAAUGGAUUGGUUGAAAUAUAAUCUGCCCAAAGUUUAUGAUGAUGUUUGGGAGUUUUUGGAACAACACGGACACAGAGCAAUUAUGGAAUUUGACUUAGCUACAAAACCAUGGGCGCUAGUCCCUGAAGAAAUGAUGGAAGUACUUCAACGCAUGCACAACUCUGAUGAUGAUAAACAAAAGCCAACAACAAAGAGUGACAAAGAAAUUAUUGCUUCGUUAAAGACUCCACAGAAAUCGAGUACCAGGAAAGUGCUUAGCUGGCUCCUCCCACUAUGUCGACGAACUGUUCGUCACCGAGAGAUCACAAAAGCUAACCUGAUCUUGGCCAUUCACAAGCUGAGGCUGGCUCUACUGCGCCUAGGCAAGCUGAUGGUCAAACAUUGGUAUUUACCCGAAGAGGACCUUAUCUUCCACUUCAGGAUGCAUGAACUCAAACAAUACUUGAUCAAUAGAGAUCCAGUAUUGUUAAGGAAAGCAUACCAACGCCGCCAGUACCACCCGUCCUGGUGCAAGUUGAAGUUCACGGAGACUAACAAAGGUUGGGUGCAACCGCUGCAGAGCAGAGGACCGCUCGUCACUGCUGCCGACUUCAAGAUAGAAGCCACGGCCGUCUGCGGCGGAGAGGUCGUGGCCCGCGCAUGCGUCGUCAAGGACCUAUCUGAGAUUGGACAAUUAAAGAAGGGUGACGUGCUGAUUACACAUUCCACUGAUAUCGGUUGGUCUCCUUACUUCCCGCUUCUAUCGGGAAUAGUAACAGAGCUUGGAGGACUCAUUUCACAUGGAGCGGUGAUAGCACGUGAAUAUGGUUUGCCAUGUUUAGUGGGAGCUACUGACGUCACAGACAUGUUUAGAACGGGCGAUAUGGUUCGUCUGUCUGCAUCCAAAGGGUUCCUAGAGAAAGUGCAACUUGCUGACAAUCCGAGCGAAGUUGAACAAAAUGACACGUGAUCUGUCGUUCAAGGAAUUACUAGUAUCAACAAAAGAAUAUAUCCAUAAACAGUGUACAUGUAUAUUAUGUAUAUAUAAAUAAACAAAAAUAAUGUACAAAAACA